AUAAUCUUUUCUCUUUCCCAGAAAAUGAAACUGAAGCAGGACGGGGUCACAUGACAGGAGGCGCAGGCUUAUAGCCAGCAGCCGGGAAAUGUGUGCUCUUUCCUGCAGGUCUGCAGGGCCCUUGCGCGUUGGUGGCAUGGAGUGUGCUCAGUGCAAGCAUGUCUCCAGAGAGGAUGCUGCCAAGUUCUGCAGCCGGUGUGGAACCAGGCUUCAUCCGGCAGACCCGAGAGCAGAUUCUGAGAACAACAACUCUGUGGUGGCCUCAGCCCCAGAGGAAGAGAUGGAGCUUGGAGAAGCUCUGAAGGUGGAAGAAAACCUGAGUUUGUCUUUAAGCUCCGGAGACUGGCAGGUGAUUCCAGACGAGUCCAGUUCUGAUGCCUCCUGGACGGUCCAGAAGGGAGUGGUCCUCGAAGUUAUAGAUCCUGUAGACGACACAGCCAAUGGGCUGGGAACUGCUCAUUACCCUCCCGACAAGAGGAGGAAAGAGGAUGCAACUGUAUCUGACGACGUGAGCGUGUUGUCUGCAGACGCUGUGCAGAGUAAAAAGAAGAAAAGGAAGAAAAAGAAUAAGAACACUUCUGAUUCUUCAGAGCCAAGUUCCUUGUCCCUGUCUCCCUCCAGCCUCCAGAGUCUAGAUUUGCUUUCAAACCCUGCAUCCCAGGACUCAGCCCUGCCCCAAAGCCAAGUCCUGCAUGGUGGUCCCACUGGGCAGCCCGGCCAGCCCCAGGUCACAGGGAUGGUGUCACCGGAGGUGGACGGCUCAGUCAUGCAUUCUGAGAGUGGCAGCAGCACCCUGCAGGGUCAAACUACAGGAGGCAGGGAUGGUGCUGCGGGAGGUGAGAACAGUGCUAUAACCCAGGAACACAUGGAAGGGAAGGACCACGACACUUCCACGUGCGCUGUGGACAGAAGCUUCUCCCAGGAGGGAUCUGGCCUGACUCCCUCUGCCUGUGAAGGCCUCCCUAAUGCUGAAGAUGCUGCCUGGAAGUCCCCAUUGCCUGAGUCCAAAGGGGACAGCGGUGCUCCCAGGGAGGAAGCACAGACGGCCAGGCAGCAGGCAGCAGCCCCGGCCUCUGGACCAAUUAAUGCUACAGCACAGUCAGCUACUUCAGUUAACAAGGCUGGGAAAGAAAUGAAAGACAAGACUCAGAAAACAAAACUGCCACCCGCAAACCCCACUGCCUCCAAGGAGCACUGCCAGGAAGCUGAAUCCAAGGCCAAGCCGACUGUUCCUGGGAAGAAAACGGCUGAAACCAGGAUCUUGAAGCCAGAAGACCAGAAGAAACCGGAAGGGAGUGACAGAAAUUACGCAGCUGCUGUGAAAAAGGAGGAGCAGAGGAACCAGCGUGCUUCCUCUGUGCGGGAGGCUACAGCCAGCACGCUGAGCCCCGAGGAAGGAGUCACGGUCUACUUCCACGCUAUCCUCUCCAAGCACUUCGACUUCAACCCCGACCACCACAGAGUGUUUGUCAGGGGGGGAGAAGGACUGGGGAAGCCAGCCUGGAAGAACGCUUGCGAGAUGUACUACACCGAGGACUUAUCGGAGAACGGGUCUCUCCUGGAUGGCAGCAUGGUCAUUCCCAAGCAGAGCCUGGAUAAACCCAUCCCAUACAAGUACGUCAUUGACCUCGGCAAGGGUAACGUGGAGUACGAGUUCAUCUACAAGACUCCGCAGAAGAAAGGCGAGCACGUGAACCGCUGUCUGAUCGUGCAGUCUUUCUUGGCGGGCUCCGGAGAGUGGCAUCAGUAUGAUGACAUCAUCUGUAUGCGUCCUCCUGGGAUGCUGAAAAAGGCCUUGGACCACAUCAUAGACAAGACGAGGAAGGACCUGGUGAAAGGGAAGCAGAUGGCAGCCACAGUGAUGCUGGACCGAAUCUUCAGCGUCCUCCAGACCUGGAGUGCCAUCAACCUGAAGAGCUUUUUCAGCCAGUUCCAGCAGUUUUACCAAGUUGUCCGAGUCCCUAUGAUUCAUGAAGGCACCGCACAGCCAUGGCGCACUCUGCAGUAUGAAGAGACAGAGGUAAAGAAACACCUGUGGGAGUACAUGAAAAAGCAGAUGGUGCCGUUUUUGGAAGGAAAGAACAAGGAGUCUCUGCCCAGAGACUGUGCAGUGAGGAGCAAGCUCAGAAUGGGUCUGAUCAUUCUUUUUGUGGUGGAAAAUACCCAAAUUUCCUUACCCGAAAGUGACCUGAUGUCACUGUGCUACCUCCUCACCCCGUGUGCCAGUUCAACAGACACCCUCGACAGUGACCUAAACCACUUCCUUGGCGUAUCUCAGAGAUGGAGAGAGUGGUUGGUGAACCUGUGCCAAAGGUGCACGGAUGCACAUGAGGACCGUUGGGUGGGCACUCUGCCUGUCCUGCACUACUGCAUGCAGCUGUCCCCGCCCAGAAGGGACUCCGUGAACCAGCCUGAGGACACCUGGGCGGCCCUAGAAGGAAUCUCCUAUUCCCAGUUUCGGGAAAAAGCACCCGAACGGAGCCAGCUCCUGCAGUCGAUGAAACAGAAGAAGCACUUGCUGCUGGUGGAUGUGUACCUCUUCCGAUCCUGGUUCAGUUUGCUGCCUCUGGGAAACUUGGUUUCCUACCUGGAGCACACCACUGAAUACUUGAGUGACAUGCCUGCUCGGGUCUUGGACUGUUUUCUGGGGAUUUAUUACCGGCUGCAAGGACUUCAAGUGAUCUGUCACCGAAACGCAGAGGAUGUCAAGAAUCUUUUUAGAAUGCUGUUGCACCUCGUGGACAUUUUCCAGGACUCGAUUCUCGAGGAGACCUUGUUCCCAUCCUACCUGACCGUGUGCCUGAGACUCCACGAAGGUGUCUGCAGCAUUACCAAGGAGCGACAGUUCUUCGAGGUGCUUGCCUUGUCGGCUGAAGUGCUAUGCACCAUUAUUAGAGUCAGACCUCUCGGGGGUGUGGAGGAGGGCCCGGCAGACGAAGUCACCAAGGCCUCUGUGACGAGCGCCCUCCAGGGGGCCCUGGCCGCCACACGGACCUGGCUCAGCCGGGUGUUUACCCGAAACAUGUUCCAGACAUACCUAACGACUGUGCGGUUCACUUACCCCGAUGAGAUUGCGGUCUGGCGGAGGCUGGUAGAAAUCAACUUCCCUGAGGAGCAUGGCUGGAAGAUAUCACUGCUGAAAGACAUGGAAGGGAGACUCAAGCAGGAGCGGCCACUGUCCCAGAUCAAUGUCUACUGCAACUCUCGCUGGGAGGACGCCGGCCCUGAUGACAGUGUGACUGGGAGCUUUGAGAAGUGUGCCAUCGAAGCCGUGAGCUAUGCUUGCCAGUCACAGACCAGUAUUCUUGAGGGCCUUUCUUGCAAUGAUUUGCGGAAAUUUGGCACCCUCGCCUCCGCUGUGAUCACCAAAUCCUGGCCUCAGAACAACGGCAAGGCUGUGGAAGACCCGGAUGAGAUCUUUAAGCACCUGCUGAAGUGGCCAGACGUGAAGCAGCUCUUCAAACUGCACGGAACCAAUGAGAAACUGCUAGCCCACAUCACAGAGGAAAGCAAGAGGUUGAUGGCUGCUGCUGACUCGGUGUUCACAAGAGUGGUCGGUGACCUCCUGGAGGGGACCAUUGUUAUCGGGCAGCUGGAGCUGAUCACGAAGUGCCAGCGUCAAUUUCUGGACAUCUGUCAUUUAAAGAGAAAAAGUUCUUUAUUUCAAAAGAACAAAUGUGACGUGAAGGUCAUGCUGGCUUGGAGGAAGGACGAGCUGGAAUUUCUCAAGGAGGAAAAGAAUUGCGUGGACAGCCUGCUGAGGCUGUGCGGGAAGGUGAAACACCACGUGCUAGUGAAUUUUGGUGCAAUUGAAGCAAGACACUCAGAAGACCUCAACUGCAAGAGGCUCAGUGACGUGAUGACCGUGAUGCUACCCACCUCGCUGGACUUCAAGCGCAGCACACAUUAUGAUCUGAGCCAACAGUUCCAAGAAAUGGCCAGAAUGACCCACUCACUGAACAAAAGCCACAUCUUCCAGAUCUUGUGGGAAGAAGCUGCAGAGUCACUAAGUAAUCCUGACGAGGAAUCCGAAAGGCCAGUCCUUCAGCUGACCGACGUCUAUCAGUGCCUGUACUGUCCUUGCUACGAAGAGUUCGUCACACUCUACAAUGAUCUGAAGUCAGGACGUAUCACGUUUGCUGAGAUCGACAACAUCUUCAAGGACUUUAUAGAUAAAUACAGUGACCUGACUAAAGACCUUGAGAUCAUGUGUGCUGUGAAUCCUCAGGACCAACAGGAGUGGAUCUUGGAGCGAGUUAGCCAGGUCAAAGAAUACCACAGCCUGCACCAGGCCGUCAGCUCAGCCAAGGUCAUCUCACAGGUCCAGAAGCGUUUGGGACUGACUGGUGACUUCAGUGUUCUUUACACUUUAUUAAACUUUAUUGAUGACUUCGAGACCAUUCGCCACAAGCAGUUGGUCCAGAUGAAUAGGGAGCUCAUCCAAGCCAAGAAACUCCUGCAGGACAUUAGCAAGCCCCGCCGCCGCUGCCUGGAGGAGCUGUCCCUGCACAAGGAGUUUGUGGACUGGCUCCGCGAGGCACUGGGAGGCAUCAAUGAACUCAAGGUGUUCGUGGACCUGGCUUCCAUCUCAGCUGGGGAGAAUGACAUCGACGUGGACAGGGUGGCCUGCUUCCAUGAUGCCGUGCAGGGCUAUGCUUCCCUGCUGUACAAGCUGAACUCGCAGGCAGGUUUCCAUGAGUUUAUGGACCAUCUGGAAGAUCUCUGGAAGGCCCUGGAGAACGACCAGCACCUGCCCAAGAAGCUGCGAGAUUCUGCCAGGAACCUGGAGUGGCUGAAGACGGUUAAGGAAAGCCACGGGUCUGUAGAGCUCUCAUCCCUGUCCCUUGCCACAGCAAUCAACAGCAGGGGGAUCUACCUGAUCCAGGCACCCAGAGAUGGCCAGAAGAUUUCUGCAGAUGCUGUUCUACACCUGGUUCUCCCCGAGGCUCCUGGCGAGCAGGGGGUCGUGCGCUGCUACUCUUCAGAAGAGCUGAAGGAACUGCUGAACAAGCUGAUGUUGAUGUCUGGCAAGAAAGACCACAGCAAUGUGGAGGUGGAGAGGUUUUCAGAGGUGUUCUGCAACGUGCAGCGGCUUGUGCAGGUCUUCAUAAAGCUGUACUCCGCUGGAAACAUGCUCUUCCGCACCUGGACAGCCGAGGUCUACUGCAGGCCCAGGCAGAGUGUCUCUGUCCGCAUGGACUUCGACAUGGAGUUGGUGAGCCAGCUGGCAGAGGGUGGGGAUGUCGUUGAGAUCCUCGAAGCGCUCUGCAGGCAAAUGGAGCACUUCCUGGACCGCUGGAAGAUGGUGGUGACCCAGAAGCGGACAGAGCACUUUUACCUCAACUUCUACACAGCCGAGCAACUGGUCUACCUGAGCACUGAGCUCAGGAACCUGAGACCUAGUGAAGCUGCCCUGACAAUGCUGUCUUUCAUCAAAGGCAAUUGCACUGCUGCUGACGUCUUGCAGGCCCGGGGCAUGUGCGAUGACAAGGCUGCCACAGACCUCGCGAGGACAGUAAGGGAGGAAUUGCCACUGCGGGUCAACUCUGAGUCCAGCAUGGUGGCCAUGCUGGGGGUAAUCAUGGAGCAGUCCACAGCGUGCAUCAGUGCUUUCCUGCCUGGCUGCCUGGACCUGGAGGCCCUUGGCCAUUGUCUGGCUCAGCUGGCCAGGAAGGGCAGGCCUCCCGUGGAACGGCCCCUCCCCAGGGGCCUGCAGGCUGGCCAGCCCAACUUGGUCUUGUGUGACUACUGUGAGGUGCUGCCGGCUGCCCUGGCCAUCUACAUGCAGGCUCCCAGCCAGCCCCUGCCCACCUUCGACGAGGUGCUGCUCUGCACCCCGGAGACCACGUUUGAGGAGGUGGCACUGCUCUUGCAUCGCUGUCUCACCCCGGGCUCCAAGGGGCACAAGGUCUACAGCCUGCUGUUCGCGGAACAGCUGAGCUACGAGGUGGGCUGCCGGGUGGAGGCACUGUUUCAGAGUCUGUGCACGCAGCGCCACCGCGAAGACUACCAGCUAGUGAUGGUUUGCGAUGGAGCCCGUGAACACUGCUACCUCCCCUCCGCCUUCAGCCGGCACAAAGUCCUCCUCAUUCCGCAGGAGCCCCUCGAAGCCAUCCAGGCCUACCUGAAGCACCAUUACCAGGUCCCAGAGGAGAUCCCAUCAGCUGCAGCCGUGUUCAGAGAGCAGCUGUGUGUCGGGAUUGUGACCUCGGAGAGAGCGGGUGUUGGAAAGUCUCUCUAUGUGACAAGAUUGCACAGCAAACUGACAAGGAAGUUACAAAAUAAAAGUGUGCCUUUAAAAAUUAUUCGGUUGACUGACCCUCAGGUGGAUGAGAACCAAGUCUUGGCCUCUCUCCUGCCUUUUUUGGACAGGAAAUAUCAGAAAAUGCCUGUGAUAUUCCACUUUGAUGUGACCACUUCAGUACGCACUGGAAUUUGGGUCUUUCUUUUCAAACUCCUCAUUUUACAAUACCUAAUGGACGUCAAUGGGAAAAUGUGGCUGCGGAACCCGUGUCACUUGUAUAUUGUUGAGAUCUCAGAAGGGAACUCGGAACAGCCAAAGACCAGGUCUUCUAAGCUGAAUGCUCAUGCCCCCCAGUUCAGAUUUCUUGACAUCUUCCCCAAAAUCACCUGCAGACCUCCCAAAGAAGUUAUCAACAUGGAGCUGACCCCUCAGAGGAGCCACAGAGAGCCCGGCAUGGACCACAAAGAGUUCCGCAGCGCAACUUUCCAAAGACCUUACCAAUAUCUAAGACGAUUCCACCAAAAUGAAAAUCUAGACUCAUUUCAGUACCAAGAAAACUCCAUUGAAGGCACCCCAGAAGAAUGCCUGCAACUCUUCCUGAUCUACUGCGGGGUCGUAAACCCAUCCUGGUCGGAGUUUCAAAACUUUGCUCGCUUCUUGAACUGCCAGCUCAGAGACUGUGAGGCCUCGGUCUUCUGCAAUUCAGGUUUUACCGGAGACACACUGAGGGGCUUCAAGAACUUUGUGGUUACCUUCAUGAUCUUUAUGGCAAGAGAUUUUGCCACACCAACCCUUCACACCUCAGACCAGAGCCCAGGCAACCACAUGGUCACCAUGGACGGGGUGGAUGAAAAAGACCUCGCUCCCUUCUCUCUCCGAAGAAGGUGGGAGUCAGAGCCCCACCCGUAUGUGUUUUUCAAUGGUGAUCACAUGACCAUGACAUUCAUUGGCUUCUACCUCCGGCCCAAUAAUCAUGGUUACGUUGACGCCAUCAAUCACCUGAACGGGGAGGUGAUCAAGGGAAAUGUCAUGACGAAGGAGCUGUACGAGGGGCUGUUGCUUCAAAGAGUCCCCUUUAACAUUGACUUUGACAACCUGCCCAGACACGAGAAACUCGAAAGACUCUGCCUGGCCCUUGGGAUCCAGUGGCCCACUGACCCCGAUGAGACAUACGAGCUUACAACAGACAAUAUGCUUAAGAUUUUGGCCAUUGAAAUGAGGUUCCGCUGUGGGAUCCCAGUCAUCAUCAUGGGGGAAACGGGCUGUGGGAAGACCAGGCUCAUCAAAUUCCUUAGCGAUCUGCGGCGGGGUGGUGUUGAGGCUGAGACGAUGAAGCUGGUCAAGGUCCACGGAGGAACAACUGCAUCCAUGGUCUAUUCCAAAGUCAGGGAGGCUGAGAAGCUCGCCAUCUUGAAUAACAGUCAACACCAGUUGGACACCAUCUUGUUCUUUGAUGAAGCCAACACUACGGAAGCCAUAAGCUGUAUCAAAGAAGUCCUGUGUGAUCAGACAAUGGGUGGCCGGCCCAUGAAGAAGGAUUCUGGCUUGCACAUCAUCGCCGCCUGCAACCCUUACCGGAAGCACAGCCAGGAGAUGAUCUGCUACCUGGAGGCAGCUGGUUUGGGAUACAGGGUCAGUGCCGAGGAGACGACAGACAGGCUGGGCUCCAUUCCCCUGAGGCAGCUGGUGUACCGGGUGCAUGCUCUGCCCCCGAGCCUCAUUCCUCUGGUGUGGGACUUUGGACAACUGAAUGACACUGCCGAGAAGCUGUACAUCCUGCAGAUUGUCCAGAGACUGGUGGACUCCAUCGAGGUAGACGAAGUUGAGACUCGUGUGAUCACAGACGUGCUCUCUGCCUCUCAGGGGUUCAUGAGAAAGAGGCAGAAUGAAUGCAGUUUUGUCAGCCUUCGGGACGUGGAGCGCUGUGUGAAAGUUUUCCAGUGGUUUUACGAGCACAGCAGGAUGCUCUCAGCAGAGCUGAAUGCCUUUCUUUGCGAAUCCGGUGUCAGCAAAAAUAACUUUGAGAGAAAUCCUGUACUUUGGUCCCUGGUGAUGGCCGUUGGGGUAUGUUACCAUGCCUCAUUGGAGGAGAAGGAGUCCUACCGGAGAGCCAUUUGCCUGUGCUUUCCAGAGCCAUAUUGUGACAGCAAGGCUAUUCUGGAUGAAAUCACCCUGGCACAGGAUCUUUUCCUGAAUGGGGUACCCCUGAGGAAAACCAUAGCCAAGAACCUGGCCUUGAAGGAGAAUGUCUUCAUGAUGAUUAUUUGCAUUGAGCUUAAGAUCCCCCUCUUCCUGGUAGGGAAACCUGGCAGCUCCAAAUCUCUUGCCAAGACCAUCGUGGCGGAUGCCAUGCAAGGCCAGGCUGCCCACUCUGAUCUCUUCCGCAGCCUGAAGCAGGUCCACCUGGUGUCAUUCCAGUGCAGUCCCCACUCUACCCCACAAGGCAUCAUAGGUACCUUCAAACAGUGUGCCCGCUUCCAGCAGGGUAAGGACCUGCAGCAUUACGUCUCUGUGGUGGUAUUGGAUGAGGUGGGACUGGCAGAAGACUCCCCCAAGAUGCCCCUGAAGGCUCUGCACCCCCUGCUGGAAGACGGAUGCAUCGAAGACGAUCCUGCCCCGCACAAAAAGGUCGGCUUUGUAGGCAUUUCCAACUGGGCCCUGGAUCCUGCCAAGAUGAACCGGGGUAUUUUCGUGUCUCGGGGCAGUCCCAAUGAGAAAGAGCUCAUAGAGAGUGCCAAGGGGAUCUGCUCUUCUGAUAGCCUCGUUCAGGACAGAAUCCGGGGCUACUUCGCGCCCUUUGCCAAAGCCUACGAAACAGUGUGUCAGAAACAGGACAAGGAGUUCUUCGGGCUCCGCGAUUACUACAGCCUCAUCAAGAUGAUCUUUGCCAUGGCCAAAGCCUCCAAUAAAGAGCCUUCCCCGCAAGACGUCGCACACGCUGUCCUGCGCAACUUCAGUGGCAAGGACGACAUCCAGGCUUUGGACAUUUUCACGGCCACUUUACCCGAGGCCAGGUGCACGGAAGAAGUGAGCACCAUCGAGCUGAUCAGGCAGAACAUUUACGGGGAUGUGCCGAGGACAGAGGGCAGAGAGCUGGAUGAUACCGAGUCCCGCUACCUACUCGUGCUGACCAAGAACUACGUGGCCCUGCAAAUCCUGCACCAGAUAUUCUUCGGUGAGGACCAGCAGCCCGAGAUCAUUUUCGGCUCCAGUUUUCCCCAGGACCAGGAAUACACCCAGAUCUGCAGAAACAUUAACCGGGUGAAGGUCUGCAUGGAGACUGGCAGGAUGGUGGUUUUGCUGAACCUGCAGAACCUGUACGAGAGCCUGUACGAUGCCCUCAACCAGUACUACGUCUACCUCGGGGGCCAGAAGUACGUGGACCUCGGGCUGGGCACCCACCGCGUCAAGUGUCGGGUCCACCCCGACUUCCGCCUGAUCGUCAUCGAAGAGAAAGACGUCGUGUACACGCAGUUCCCGGUGCCUCUCAUCAACCGGUUGGAGAAACACUACCUGGACAUCCAAACCGUGCUGGAGGAUUGGCAGAGGAGCAUUGUGCGUGAGCUCGCCAGGUGGGCGCAGGAGUUCGCAGAUGUAAAACCGUAUCAGUUCGGGGCUGGGCACAAGUACAGCGCUGCAGACGCCUUCAUCGGCUACCACUCGGACGCCUGCGGCUCCGUGGUGCUGCAGGCCAUGGAGCGCCAGGGCUCCAGGGACCUGACGGAGGAGCUGUACCACAAGGUGUUGGAGGACGCCAAACUGAUUCUGCUGGAUUGCGCCACGCCUGAUGCCAUCAUUCGGCUGAGCUCCUCCUCGCUGGGCUCAUUUGCUGCACAGGCUCUGGCACGAGAGUACUAUGACAGGCAGCGGCACAACUCCUUCGCCGACUUCCUCCAGGCUCACCUGCGCACCACCAACCUGGAGCGCCGCGCCGUCUUCACAGAGGUCACUACUUUCUCCCGGCUGCUGACGAGUCACGACUGUGAGGUCUUAGAGUCGGAGGUGAAGGGGUUGGCUUCAAGGCCCACAGUGCUGUCACUGCAGCAGUUUGACACGGAGUACUCGUUUCUCAAGGAAGUCCGAAACUGCUUAACAAACACAGACGGGUGCAAAAUCCUCAUCAUCCAGACGGACUUUGACGACAGCACUCACAGUGCCCAGCUCAUUGCCUCUGCCAAAUAUUCUGCUAUCAAUGAAAUCAACAAAAUACAAGGAAUGAAGGACUGUAUCUUUGUGUAUUUCAUCACCAAACUGUCCCGGAUGGGAAGUGGAGUGUCCUACAUUGGAUUUCAUGGAGGGCUGUGGCGGUCAGUGCACAUCGACGACCUCCGCAGAUCCACAGUCAUGGCCUCUGAUGUGACUAAGCUGCAGAGUGUCACCAUCAGCCAGCUGUUUAAGCCAGAAGACAAACCUGAGUUGGAGGGCGACCAGGAGGAGGAGAUGGAAAUAGAGACCAGCAAAUCAGGGGAGGUGGCAGAGGCAGAAAUGGAGGCAGGAGGUUCAGAGGAGAUGGAGUACCAGGCCUCUGUCCCAGGAGGUGCUGAGGCGCAGGUCCUGGACACCACCAGGCUGCUGCGGAGCUGUGUGCAGAGUGCCGUGGGGAUCCUCCGAGACCAGAACGAGGACUGCACACGCAACAUGAGGAGGGUCUCCAUUCUCCUCGGCCUCCUGAACGAAGACAACGCGUGCAACGCCUCUUUCUUGAGAGUGUCCAAGAUGCGCCUAUAUGGUCUUCUGAACAAGCAAGAGGAGAACCAGCUCCGCAGCCUGAAGGAGUGGGUGUCGAGGGAGGCCGCGAAUCAGGAUGCUCUCCAGGAGGCCGGCACCUUCAGACAUACCCUUUGGAAGCGGGUCCAAGGCGUGGUCACCCCCCUCCUGGCGAGCAUGAUAUCCGUCAUCGACAGGGACGGCAACUUGGAGCUGCUGACCAGGCCAGAUUCACCAGCCUGGGCACGGGAUCUUUGGAUGUUCAUUUUCAGUGACACUAAGCUUCUGCAUAUCCCUCUUGAGGUGAACAGCAUAAGACCUAAAGGAGAGAUGUCCUCUAUUGUGGUGCAGAGCUACAUGAACCUUCCCAAACACACUUCCAAUGACGUCCCAUUUAGCUGGAGAAUCAAGGACUACCUGGAAGAGGUCUGGAUCCAGGCUCAGUACAUCACUGAUGCAGAAGGACUGUCUAGGAAGUUAGUGGAAAUCUUCCAAAAGACUCCCCUGGGAAAAUUCCUUGCCCAGCUCCCCACAGAACAACAGCAAGAACUCCUGCACUGCUACUUGAAGGACUUCCUGCUCUUGACCAGAAGAGUGUCCACCUGGGACGAGCUAAAGUUUCUGCAGAUGGCCCUGUGGUCCUGCAUCCGUGAGCUACAGGCAGCGGCAGGAAGGCCAGAGGAAGAGCUGUCCUUGCCAUGGGUGCACCUCGCCUAUCAGCGUUUCAGAACCCGGCUGCAGAACUUCUCUCGAAUCCUGACCAUCCACCCCCAGGUUCUGCAGAGCCUCACUGAAGCCGCACAGAAGCACAACUUGGCUGGGAGUGAGAUGACACUGGAUGCGUUUGCAGCAAUGGCCUGUGUGGAAAUGCUGACAAGAGACACCCUGAAGCCGAGUCCCCAGGCCUGGUUACAGUUGGUGAAGAGCCUGUCCAUGCCGCUCGAGCUUCUUUGCUCUGACACAUACCUGCAGGACACCGGGAACAUCACUAAAGCUGUCACCAAGGAGGUCAGAACCCAGUGGAAUCGCAUUUUCUCUAUUGCACUCUUUGUGGAGCAUGUACUCCUGGGGACCGAGACCCAGGUUCCUGAGCUGAGCCAGCUGGUGACCGAGUACGUCUUCCUAUUAGACAAGUGUCUUCAAGAGGACUCUGACAUGAAGUCCCAGAAGCCUUUUAUGGCUGUGAUAACCACUCUUUGUGAAUGCAAGGACAAAGCCAGCAAGUCCUUCUUCAGGUUUGGUGUCCAGCCGUGCCGCAUCUGCCUGGGAGACGCGCAGGACCCCGUGUGCCUGCCCUGUGAUCAUGUGUACUGCCUGCCUUGCAUCAGAAAGUGGCUGGUUCCGGGGCAGAUGUCAUGCCCCUUCUGUUUAACUGAUUUGCCAGACACAUUCUCUCCCGUCGCCUCCCAAGAGCACAGGAGAGCCAUCGAGAAACACGCCCAAUUCCGGCAGCUGUGCAACAGUUUCUUCGUGGACCUGGUUUCCACCAUGUGCUUCAAGGACAACACCCCUCCUCACAAGAGUGUGGUCCACAGCCUGCUCUCCCUGCUCUUCGUACAGAAGGAGCUCCUGCGAGAUGCUCCCCAAAGACACCGUGAACACACCAAGUGCCUCUCUCCGUUUGACGAUGUUGUGGAUAAAACUCCUGUCAUCCGCUCCGUGGUGCUGAAACUGCUUUUGAAGUACAGCUUCGGCGAGGUACAGGAUUACAUCCAGGACUACUUGUCCCUGCUGGAGAAGAAGGCGUUUGUGGGUGAAGAUAAGACAGAGUUAUACUUGCUGUUUAUCAACUGUCUGGAGGAUUCUGUGCACGAGAAGACAAGUGCUUUCUCCAGAAGCACCGAGCCAAAGCACCUGAAUGAGGAAUUCCGUUUCCUCAUGAAGUACUCCCCGGAAAGACAAGGCCAGGAGCCUGCCUCCAUAGCUUCAGUGGGAUACCUGCAGGAGGUAGCCACCAUCCGCCUGUGCCUCGACAAGGCUGCUGACUUCCUCUCGGAGCUGCAGGAAGGCUCAGAGCUGGCUGAGGACAAGAGACGCUUCCUGUGGCACGUCCAGCAGUUCUGCACCCGGGCCGGGAACGACUGGUACCGUGUGUACCUGGUGAGGAAGCUCUCAAGCCUACGUGGCAUGGAGUUCGUGCAGAGCCUCUCCAGGCAGGGCCACCCCUGCCAGUGGGUGUUUCCCAAGGAUGUCAUUGCACAGCAGAAGAACCUCCUGGGCCAGAUGGAUGGGUACCUGGUACACGGUGAGGAGUACAAAGCUGUUCGUGACGCAAUGGGCAAAGCCGUGCUCGAGUGCAAGACCCCAGGCAUUGGCAACGCUCUGAUGGCCUGCAGGAGCCCCAAACUGCAACAGGCUGCGUACUUGCUGUUGGCACUGUACAGAGAGAUGGUCACUCUGUGCCACUCCGACAACACUAACCUCCAUCCCAAGCCAGAGCAAUGCGCGGCUGUGAACCAGUUCAUUGAGGGAAGCAAGGUCCUCUCCCCUCCGGAUAUCAGAUUGUUUGCGACAUCCCUCGUGGACAACACGCUGCCCUUGCUGAGGUCAGGCUCUGGUAACGGCGGCCUUGAAGGAACAGUGACAGAAAUGGCCAUUCAUGCCACAGUCGUCCUUUUGUGUGGACAGAACAAAGUGUUGGAACCCUUGAGAAAUUUGGCCUUCUACCCAGCCAACAUGGAGAAUGCUUUUCUUCCAACGAUGCCGGAAGACCUGCUGGCUCAAGCGAAGAGAUGGGAGGGUCUGGAAGGCGUCAAGUGGUACAACUGUCCCAAUGGUCACCCAUGCUCUGUAGGAGAGUGUGGCAGGCCAAUGGAACAGAGCAGGUGUGUUGACUGUGGAGCUCAGAUCGGAGGCUUGAAUCACAAAGCGGACGCUGGCUUUAACCCUAUCACGAACUGCACAGACAGAACCCAGACUGGCCAUGUGUUGGGCAACCCACACUCCAGGGCCGUGGCAGUGGCAUCUGACAGACAGCUGUCUCCCGUGGUCUUCAUUCUCAUCCGGUUACUCACUCAUUUGACUAUGCUCUCGGGAGCUGCCCAAAAUCGCCAGGCCUUAAUAAACAUCAUUAAGCCUCGGGUGAUAGAGCCAAAAGACUUCCUGCAGCAGCACAUCCAGAGAGACCUGGAGCAGUUGACCAAGGUUCUGGGCAAGAGCGCCGAUGAGACCACCCACACAGUGCACCUCGCCCUGCGCAGCCUUCUCAACGCAGGCCACCCCGUCGCCAGCCAGCGGCCGUUAAAUUUUGAUGCACGAUUGUCAACCAAAGAAUACAGGAACAAUUGGGAAAAAGACAUGGAAGCUCUUCUUUUACCUGAACUAAGGCAUCUUGAUAAAACCCUGCUGACCGUGAGUGCUCUCAUCAGCCAAGAUGAGCGUAUCAGCUCCAACCCUGUGGCCAAAAUCAUAUACGGGGACCCAGCAACCUUCCUGCCCCACCUGCCCCGGAAAAGUGCAGUUCAUUGCUCGAAGAUUUGGAGCUGCAGGAAAAAGGUGACAGUUGAAUAUCUCCAGCACGUCGUGGAGCAGAAAAACGGCAAAGAAACGGUGCCAGUCCUCUGGCAGUUCCUCCAGAAGGAAGCGGAGCUGAGGCUGGUGAAAUUCUUGCCUGAGAUUUUGGCCCUGCAAAGAGAUCUAGUGAAACAAUUCCAGAAUAUUUCCGAAGUGGAAUACAAUUCCAUCAGAAGUUUUAUUGCCAGUCAUAGAUCAGAUGGGCUGAGGAAAUUGUUCCAUGACAGGAUCACCACCUUUCUGUCCACAUGGAAUGCACUGAGGCAGUCCCUAGAGACCAACGGUGAAAUCAAGCUACCUAAAGAGUACUGCCGCUCUGAUUUGGAUCUGGACACCGACUUUGAGGUCAUCCUGCCACGCCGACGGGGUCUGGGCCUCUGUUCCACGGCCUUAGUCAGCUACUUGAUUAGCUUACACAACCAAAUUGUCUACACGGUGGAAAAGUUCUCCAAGGAAGACAACAGCUAUUCCGUGGAUGCCUCUGAGGUCACCGACCUGCAUGUCAUCAGUUACGAAGUAGAGCGUGACCUGAGUCCGCUGAUCCUCUCCAACUGCCAGUACCAAGUGGAGCAGGGCAGGGAGACCUCACAGGAGUUUGACCUGGAGAAAAUCCAGCGGCAGAUCAGUGGCCGCUUCCUCCAGGGCAAGCCCAGGUUGACGCUCAAGGUAAGCUAAGCCUGCACCAAGCAUGUACUUGGUGUGGUUGUGGGGAACAAGUAGCCCUUCCUGUGUUUCGAGUGAGCUGCCGUCUGCAUCAUUUCCUACCCACCCAUAGCGUGCACAAACACUCCUCCGUCCGUGUCCGGGCUGAGUGGCACUCCCAGUCCCUCUUCCGUACCUCCAUCUGUGCCUCAGGCCCCACAGGCAGCCUGGAGUCCCA